CAGUUGCUCUCUCGUGAUUUGCUAAGUCAUUUCUAUCGCCCUCUCAAGGCUACAGAAAGUCUUCUUCACCACCAACCCAGGAAAUGGGUUACCGAGCCUCUGUGAACUUAAACACGGUGAAGACUAAGCUACGUGUUUGCUGUGUUAGCCUCCUGUAACUUGUAAUUCCCAAAGAUCUUUUGGUAACCUUUUUUCACUAGAAUACUUCAUCAUCAAAAAGUUGGCUGCGUGAUCUGAAAAUCAGAUUCGCCUCUUCGCCAUAAUGAGUGAGUCCAGUAUCUGCCAGGCUCGGGCUACUGUUAUGAUGUAUGAUGAUGCCAGCAAACGAUGGAUACCUGCAGGAUCAGGUGCUCAAAGUGUUAGCCGGCUACACAUAUACCACAAUACCAGCAACAACUCCUUCAGAGUCGUGGGUCGCAAAAUACAAGCUGACCAACAGGUGGUCAUGAAUUGCCCAGUUUUGAAAGGGCAGAAGUACAACGAGGCAACACCCAAUUUCCACCAAUGGAGAGAUUCUCGCCAAGUGUGGGGUCUCAACUUCAGCACUAAAGAGGAUGCAUCCCUUUUUGCUGCUAGCAUGACGAAUGCCCUUGAUGUAAUGAGUGGACAGUCAAACACAAUGCCACCGCCUGUACAGAACGAGCCCUCUCUAGAGGAGCAGGAGGAGCAGAAGAGACUGGAGAGGCAAAGGCAAGAGCAGCUGGCAAAGGAGAAUCUGGAGAGAGAAAGACAGGCUGCUGCAUCAGAAGCACCUCCUGCUCCCCCCUCUGCUUCUGCAGCACCUCCUCCACCUCCUCCACCUCCUCCACCACCCGGACCUCCACCUUCAACAUCAACAGCAGCACCACCUGCCCCGCCUGGCCCUCCACCACCUCCUGGAUCAGGCCCACCUCCUCCACCUCCACCUCCACCUCCCUCUGGUGGAGGUGGGGGAGGUAGUGGUGGUGGGCUUGCAGAAGCCCUCGCUGGAGCUAAACUACGUAAAGCAGCUAGGGAGGAAAGUGAAUCCAAAGCAUCAGACAGCAAAAGUAGUGGAAGCUCAGGAGGCGGUGGUGGUGGAGGUGGCGGCGGUGGUGGUGGAGGACUCAUGGGAGAAAUGAGUGCCAUGCUAGCAAGACGGAGAAAAGCUACUGAUGCCCCUACUCCCCAAAAAGUGGAUCCUCAAAGUGGUAAUAGCACUCAGGAGUCCUCAGCUUCAAAAGUGUCUGUCCAAACUGAUGUCAAAAAACCCUGGGAGAAGACUUCUACUCUGCCAAAAACUUCAUCCAGCCCUCGACCUCAGGAGAGCAGCAGCCCCAUCCCAUCAUCCCCUUCCUCUGCAGCGGUGUCAAGGAUCAAGCCAUCAAACAACAACAGUGAAGUAGGCUCAUGUAGUGAGUCUCAGUUGGAGAAAUUUAAAGAGGACAUCCUUGAGGAAAUGCGCAAAGAACUGCAGAAAAUAAAGGAUGAAAUCAUUCAAGCUGUCAUUCAGGAGCUGCAGAAGAAUGUUGCUACACAAGAUGAACAGUGAACUAUCUGGCUGUUUUGAGAAAAUAGCAAUAGUUCAUUUUUAAUUCUAGAAUUAAUACUUUUUGAAUUUCCAGAAGAAACUAAAGGUUCUGGAUGUACUGGUGUAAUAUUUAUCCUUGCUUACUUCAUGGGAUGGCAAAUGAUAAACAAUUCUGCUUUCUUUGAUAAACAUGGUGAUAAAAUGCAAUUUUUGUAGUCUGUAUCGUGAUGUAGGCUGAAACAUCAGUUGUUUAAAACCAGAUCCUAAAUGACCAUUCAUGCCUUUUAAAACUUAGGGUUUUGAUACAAAAAUAUUUUUUAUUUCCAGCAUCUUUGUUGUCUCUUAUUUAGAUACAUUAUUUAGAACCACAUCUGUCACAACAGAAGUCAUAGUUUGACUAGAUGUUUUUGUAAUAAAAUACAAAAUUAAAGGUACAGUCCUUGAUUAUGGCGUAAAGUUCAACAGCAAAUUAAAUUAUAUCCCUCCCCUCAAUAA